CACAGCGACUUGUUACAUUCCCCUGUCAGGCUUGAUGCUCAUCCAGUGAUCACAAUUCAGAACAGGUACGUACGUAGCUAAGAGCCACAACCCCCCAUAGGCAACAAUUCCCCCCCAUGUUGCAUGCUAACAGAUACUUGAGAAUGUGCUAACCUAACCCUGUCACAAUAGAUUCUAGUCCCAAUUGUCCAACGAACUGAACUCUGCAGCACACUCCAUCAUGCACAUGAUAUAAGUCCACACACCCAAAGCAUGGCCUCCCUUGAGACGACGCACCAUCUCAAUCCCAGAGCACUGCACUGCUUCUCCCUCCUCUGGUCGUCUACGGAGGACGACAAGGAAGAAGCAGCAGCAGGUGCCCCAGCAAUGGUGAAGUUCUCCAAGCAGUUCGAGGGCCAGCUGGUGCCCGAAUGGAAGGAGGCCUUCGUGGACUACUGGCAGCUCAAGAAGGACGUCAAGAAGCUGCAGGCCGCAGCAGAUGGUGCCGUGGCGCUGGCAUCGCCGCUGCAGCCAGCGGUGGCUCCGGCUCACUGGGUGAUGAGGCUGCCGUUCUUCCAUCCCCAUGGGCAGCCUGCCGCCAUUCAGGUGCACAAGAAGCUGGCUGUAGACAGGAGCAUCGACGGCGCGAUGGCCGGGGAGGUGUACGAGACGGCGGUGGCGGAUGGUGCCGGGUUCGUGGAUGCCGAGGCGGCCAAGGCCUUCUUUCAGAGGCUGGAUCAACAGCUCAACAAGGUGAACCGGUUCUACGAGCGGAAGGAGGGGGAGUUCCUGGAGCGCGGAGAGUCGCUCAGGCGGCAGCUGCAGAUCCUCGUCGACCUCAAGGCUGCCAUCACCCAGCAGCAGCAGGCACAGGCACAGGCACGGCGCGGGGCCGACUCCAAAGGGAGCACCGACACGGAUGAUCAUGAUCCCGCCGUUUCUUGCUCCAUCCAGCUUGGAGGCCAAUCUCUUAGGGAGAUUGCAGAGAAAGAACAAGAGUGUGAAGAAAAACUCAACGACGAUGUCACUGCCAAGAGCACUGACGAAGGACCUGAGGACCAGCUCUCCGUCCCUCAAGGCCUUAUUAGUGAAUCAGGGAGACUUGGCAAGCCGAAUGAAGAAGUUACGAGCAAGCUGAGGACACUCUCAGGGAGGGUGGUCACCUGCCACGGCAGGAAUGUGAGGAUCAACAUCCCAGUCACCACGCCUUCCAGGACUGUCACUGCCAUACGCGAACUGCUGUUUGAGGACAUGCUGAGCCAAUCGAAGAAGAUUGGCACACAUGGUACCGAUGGCAAUGAGAAGCUAAGCAUCAACAAGAGGAAGGUGCACCAGGCAGAGAAGAUGAUCAGAGGUGCUCUCGUUGAGCUAUACAAAGGACUGGGGUACCUCAAGACAUACCGGAGCUUGAAUAUGAUGGCCUUUGUGAAGAUCCUGAAGAAAUUUGACAAGGUUACAGCAAAGGAAGUGCAGCAAAUUUACCUCAAAGUAGUGGAGAGCUCCUACUACAAUAGCUCUGACAAGGCAGUCAGGCUCAUGGAUGAUGUUGAGGAGCUGUUUUUGAGACAUUUCACAGAUGGUGACAAACGGAAAGCAAUGGUGUAUCUGAAGCCAAAUCAGAGGGAAGAAUCACAUUGUACUACGUUUUUCAUUGGAUUAUUCACUGGUGGCUUCAUAGCAUUAUUCAUAGGUUACUGUAUCAUGGCACGCAUUGCUGGAAUGUACACUCAGCAGUCAAACAAGGUGUACAUGUCAACAUCUUAUCCUGUUCUUAGCAUGUUCAGCCUCUUCUUUCUGCAUCUCUUCCUCUAUGGAUGUAACAUUUUCAUGUGGAGGAAGACACGCAUAAACUACACAUUCAUAUUUGAAUUCACGCCUACUAAAGAGCUCAAGUACCGAGAUGUGUUCUUGAUAUGCACUACUUCCAUGACAAUUGUUGUUGGUGUAAUGUUUGCGCACCUCACAAUAAUUGUUAAAGGAAAUUCAUCAAGCGCAGUCCAAGCUAUACCAGGGUCCUUACUUCUGGUGUUCUUGUUGAUAUUAGUCUGCCCUUUCAACUUCAUCUACCAAUCAAGUCGUUACCAAUUCCUUAGAGUUAUCAGAAACAUCAUUCUAACACCCUUUUACAAGGUUGUCAUGGUUGAUUUCUUCAUGGCUGAUCAGCUCUGCAGCCAGGUUCCGGUGCUAAGGAGCCUGGAGUAUUUGGCAUGUUACUACAUAACAGGCAGCUACAUGACACAAGACUAUGGCUACUGCACAAGAGUGAAACACUUUAGAGACCUCGCUUAUGCAGUAUCCUUCCUGCCUUAUUACUGGAGAGCCAUGCAGUGCGCACGGAGAUGGUUUGAUGAAGGGGAUAUAAACCACAUUGUCAACCUUGGGAAGUAUGUGUCAGCCAUGCUUGCUGCAGGAACAAAGGUGGCAUAUGAGAAUAACAAUAGUACUGGGUGGCUGUCACUUGUUAUCAUUGUAUCAAGUAUUGCAACUAUCUACCAACUGUACUGGGACUUUGUCAAGGACUGGGGUCUUCUACAGUUCAACUCCAAGAAUACCUGGCUUCGUAAUGAUUUGAUACUUAAACAAAAAUACAUUUAUUUCAUAUCCAUGGGUCUGAACCUUGUCUUGAGGCUUGCUUGGCUUCAGACUGUCAUCCACCCUAAUAUUGGAAGCCUGGAUUCUAGAGUAACUCUAUUCUUUCUAGCAGCACUUGAAGUGAUAAGACGAGGUCACUGGAACUUCUACAGGCUGGAGAAUGAACACCUAAACAAUGCAGGGAAGUUCAGAGCAGUGAAGGUUGUUCCGCUUCCUUUUCAUGAAGUGGAAGAGGACUAACAAAAUAGGACCACCACUGGAGCAGGUUGUAGGUGUUAAAAAUACAAACAGUUCGUAUGUAACACCAACUAAUGCUAGAAAGCAUGCACUACACUACCAUUAAUAAGAUUCAUUUUUUUGUAUGAGCAAUAAAGGCCAUUCCGCAUUGUCAGUAUGGACAAGUUGUAUGGGAGCAGUAGGCACUUACAUAGAAUGUAGAUUUCCUAUAAGUUCCCCAACAUUGUUAGAAAACUCAAGCAAUAUAAAGCAGCAGCUCAGCUCUACAGAU